UAUAUGGUUGCAGCGGCGGCAGACACAGCAGCAGUCAUAAUGAAUAAUGAAAAGGCUUAAGAAUAGAGGAGUGAGUGAGGGCUGAAAGUAGAGGACUCUCUCUGCCUCGGUCGCUUUCUCUUCUCUCACCCUGAAUCAACCUUUUCCAUUCUCUCUCUCUCUACCCAGCCGCCAUCACCAAAGUCCCUUCCUUUUCCAUUUUACCCUUUCUUUCCCUCCUGCUCUAAAACUUACAUCACUACUAUAUAUACUUGUCUCAUUUAUUUUUUAUAGCUACAACUAAGCAACAAACCCCCCCUUACUCCUAACCAUAACUCUUCCCUUUCUUUCCCUUUUUACUCUUAAAACGUUGCACCUUUAACAUCUCUCACAACCCCUUCCUCUUCUUUUUCUAUUUAAUGCUUCCUAUCCUUUUCUUCCCUUAUUUCCCUUUUGAGAUUUCUACAGGAAAGACCCAACCCAAAUUGAAGUUCGUUCUUCUCAGCUUUUUAUUUGAUUUAUUGCCUUUUUCUUUAAGUUCUUGAUCAUAAAGUUGUGGGGGAAAAAAAAAACAUAAGACGCAUUGAAAAAUAGGGACUUGGGGGUAUACAAGGCCAUAUCUGUCCUUGUCUCACAACUUGAUUGAAAAAUAGAAACUUGGGCUGGUUAUGAAUUUUCCUGUUUGAUUAUAUUACUCCCUUGGAUAUUUCAUGCCAUCUUAGAAAUCUUUUGUAACCAUUUUCUUUUUGGUGAUACUCAUGGCAAAUGACACAGAUUUCUCUUCCCACAAAUUCCCCUCUGCUUCCGAGGUUGUUGAAGAGGUUAAAGAGCUAUGGGGCAUGGCUUUGCCUAUAACAGCCAUGAACUGGCUGGUCUUUGUAAGAGCAGUGGUUUCGGUUCUGUUCUUAGGCAGACUAGGCAGCCUUGAGCUAGCCGGUGGAGCUCUCUCCAUUGGGUUCACCAACAUCACUGGUUACUCUGUGCUUGUUGGUCUUGCCUCAGGCCUUGAACCUGUGUGUAGCCAAGCCUAUGGGAGCAAGAACUGGGAGUUGCUAUCACUCUCUCUCCAACGCAUGAUCAUAAUCCUAUUUCUUGCAACCAUACCAAUCAGCCUGUUAUGGGUGAAUCUUGACAACAUUAUGGUGUUCAUGGGACAAGACAAAGAUAUCACAGCAAUGGCGGCAACUUACUGUAUGUAUUCUUUGCCGGAUCUUUUAACAAACACUUUGUUACAGCCAUUGAGGGUUUACUUAAGGUCACAGCGCGUGACAAAGCCUAUGAUGUGGUGCUCUUUGGUUGCUGUGAUGUUCCACUUGCCGCUUAACUAUGUGCUGGUGAUGAUAAUGGGGCUGGGAGUACCAGGUGUGGCAAUGGCGUCCGUGGUUACAAACAUGAACAUGGUGGUGCUGAUGGUGGGGUACGUACGGGUUAGCGGACGGUGCGAGAUGAGAUGGACGGCUGGGAUUGGGGGAGUGUGUGGUGGGGUGGUCCCACUUUUGAGAUUGGCAGUGCCUAGUUGUCUUGGGAUUUGCUUGGAAUGGUGGUGGUAUGAGAUAGUGACUUUGAUGGCUGGUUAUCUGUCGAACCCAACACUCGCUGUGGCUGCUACUGGGAUCCUGAUUCAGACCACCAGCAUGAUGUAUACUGUCCCCAUGGCUCUUGCUGGCUGUGUCUCCGCCCGUGUAGGGAAUGAACUUGGAGCCGGUAAGCCAUAUAAAGCCAAGCUAGCAGCCAUGGUGGCAUUGGGAUGUGCCUUUGUGAUUGGCAUAAUCAAUGUGGCAUGGACCGUGAUCCUUAGGGAAAAAUGGGCUGGUUUGUUCACCAAGGAUGAUCUGGUCAAACCUUUGGUUGCAACAGUCCUGCCAAUUAUCGGGCUGUGUGAGCUAGGUAAUUGCCCCCAAACAACCGGGUGUGGCAUCCUACGUGGCACGGCGAGGCCGGCGGUCGGUGCCCGCAUUAACCUCGGCUCAUUUUACUUUGUGGGCACCCCAGUGGCAGUGGGCCUAGCCUUUCUCCUACACGUGGGGUUCUCUGGGCUAUGGUUUGGACUGCUGUCUGCACAAGUCGCUUGUGUUGUGUCUAUUCUGUAUGCAGUGCUCUAUACAACAGAUUGGGAAGGUGAGGCAUUGAAAGCUAAGAAGCUAACCACCAUCGAAAUUAGCCCCGCAUUCAAGAAAGGAUAUGAAAAAGAAGAAGAAGAUGAAGAUGAAGAUGAAAGUAAAGGGUUUUUGGGCAAGGGAAAUGAUAAAAUAGAAGACAUAUUGUGAAGAGAAACUAAGGGUGUGGGUUUUGGUAAUGGGGAUGUUGUUGUCUCAGCUUUUUAUGGGAUACUGCUUUGUUUUUAUUGUCUAUUUGCUUUUGUGCAAGGUAGCUGACUCAUGUUUGCUUUUGCUUUA